GAAGUUAAGUUGAAUCAAUGUGAAACCAGCUUCAAAGAAUCCACAACUCUGCAACCACCAUUGCUGCUACUAUUAUUAUUCCAUUAGCAAAUUCACAGAAAAUAAAUAAAUAAUAUUCAGAUCUCCAAAUCCAGUUCACAACAUUUGCAUUAUUUGAGCUUUCAUGGCGUCUAACACCGCCAAAGUUUCCGUUAUUGGAAUCUGGUUUCGCUGUGGUGUGUGUGUUGCUGAGAAGUGAUAGUCACUUUUCUACGGAGAAGAUGUUGUGCGCUUGCUCCGGCGAGCAAUUCAAAUUCGAAGAGCCGCCACGGUCGCCGGAGUCUCUCGCCACGAGGGAUUUCUCCGCCAGUGGGCUUUCUUCGAGGACUGGGGAAUGGGAACCGAAAUUCGAUGAAACGCAAGUUGAAGAAGCUGAAUCUACUCUGAAGGAAGCUCUUUCCUUAAACUACGAGGAGGCUAGGGCUUUGCUAGGGAGGCUUGAAUACCAAAGAGGGAACUUCGAUGCUGCUCUUCAAGUGUUUCAGGGUAUAGACAUUAAGGGUUUGACCCCGAGGAUGAUCAAGGCAAUUGCUGAAAGAACCAAGCAAAGAAAACCACGUUCGAAGGCUGAUUUUAUUGUUCCGAAUGUGAUGUCAUUGCAUUCGGUUAGCCUGCUUCUUGAGGCAAUUUUGCUUAAAGCAAAAUCAUUAGAGGAACUUGGGCGAUACAUUGAGGCUGCAAAGGAGUGCAGAAUAAUUCUUGAUACAGUUGAAUCUGCCCUUCCUAAUGGAAUGCCUGAGGGUAUUGGUGGAGAUUGUAAGUUGCAAGAGAUGUUCCAUAAAGCAUUGGAGUUACUUCCAAGCUUAUGGAUCAAUGCAGGCUUUCUUGAUGAAGCUGUCAUGGCAUAUCGUUGUGCUCUGGUCAAGCCAUGGAAUUUAGAGCAACGAAGGUUGGCUGGUGUACAAAAAGAUUUAGCUACAAUGCUACUCUAUGAUGGUGUUGAAGUAGGCCUACCCUCUCAGUUGCAAGUGUGGGGGCAGACAACACCCAAGAGUAAUGUUGAAGAAGCAAUACUUUUGCUAUUAAUUCUCAUGAGCAAGGUGGCAAUUCAGGAAAUAGACUGGGAUGCUGAAAUAAUGGAUCAUCUCACAUUUGCGCUUUCAGUCACUGGGAUGUACGAGUUAUUGGCAGAUCAUGUAGAACAGAUUCUUCCUGGUAUAUAUAAUCGAGUUGAGAGGUGGUACUUUCUUGCUCUGUGUUAUAGUGCAGCAGGACAUAACGAAGUAGCGUUGAAUCUUUUGAAAAAGGCUUGUGGCAGUUCUGAAGCAAAGCAUAGACUCCAUUUUCCUUCAUUUUUGUUUGGAGCAGAACUCUGUUCCCAAGAUCCUCAUCAUGCUCACGAAGGCAUUAAAUUUUCACAUGAAGUUAUUGAUCUAGCUAAGCACCAAAACAAGCAUUUUUUGGGUCAAGGUCACAAAUUUCUUGGUAUUUGCUAUGGGGCUGCAGCUAGAACUUCUGUACUGGAUUCUGAAAGAAGUAUAUUUCAACGAGAGUCUUUGAACUUUCUAAACUGUGCUGCUGUAAAUGGAAAUGGUGACCCAGAAGCAAUAUUCAGCCUUGGACUGGAAAAUGCAAUUCAAAGAAAUCUGGAUGCGGCUUACAACAAUGUAAUUAUGUACUCAGAUGUAAUUGUUGGCAGUUCAAGAGGUUUGCAGUUGUUAGCACUCAUAGUAUCAGCACAACAGCGGUUUAAGGAUGCUGAAACAAUAGUUGAUUUUGCUUUAGACGAAGCUGGGAGGAUGGAUCAACUGGAACUUCUAAGAUUGAAAGCAGUAUUUCAAAUUGCUCAGCAGCAACCAAAGCAAGCCAUAGAGACAUAUAGGAUCUUGCUGGCAUUAAUUCAAGCCAAAAAGGAGCUUUGGAUGCAAGUUAACAGCUUUGAUCAAGCACAAGCAUUCAGACAUGAGGCAUUAACUGAAAGGAAGUUAGAAAUGGAAGCCUGGCAGGAUUUGGCUACCAUUUAUAAGGAUGUCGGUUCCUUGCUUGAUGCAAUAGCUUGUGUUGAUAAAGCCCAGUUGAUAGAAUUUUUUUCUCCAAGAAGUUGGCAUAUUACAGGGAUGCUGCUUGAAGCUCAAUCAUUAUAUAAAGAGGCAUUUGUUUCCUUUUCAGUAUCAUUGUCAAUAGAACCAGAUUACAUUCCCAGUAUCAUUUCAGCUGCAGAAUUGUUGCUUAAACUUGGUAUGCAAUCACUUCCAAUUGCAAGAAGCUUUUUAAUGAAUGCUCUGCGGUUAGAACCUACAAAUCAUGAUGCUUGGUUCAACCUUGGAUUGAUUUCUAAAAUGGAAGGUUCAUUACAGCAAGCAGCAGAGUUCUUUCAAGCUGCUUAUGAGCUAAAGCUUUCUGCCCCGGUGCAUAAAUUUGAGUAAUUGAGACUUUGGGAAAACAUCGUUAAUGUUUUUGGUUGAGGGAAAGUGCGCUUGACUAACAACAUAAUGGAAAACAUGCGGGAAGCAACUAAAUGACAUAAAUAUUCACCCCACGAUUACCAUUGGUUGGUCAUUGAUUUGUUCAAAAUGUAUAGCUAAAUCUAGCUACUUAUUAUAUAUUUCUUCAUUCUGUUCUAAUCAAAUGUCGUUGUUUCACAAGUAGAAUUAAUGGU